AUGGUGAGUUGUGGAGACGCAGUGGAGAUCAGAAGCGAAGUCGACAACGGAUUCAUCGACGAUGACGACGAUGACGACGAAGAAGACGUUGACGAGGAUGACGACGGUGCUGGUACUGGAGGUGCAAUGGGUCACCGGCGCACGACUGCCUGCUGCCAAACUGUGCGAGCCGACGAUCGUGCGCCACAAGGUCAUCAUGCUACGCUAACACGCCCACCACCACCACCACCAACACACCACCACGGGCAUGGCCCAUCAUCACCAAGGUGUCAAGGAGGAUUACGGUGGUGGCUGUCGUUAUGGGUAGCAUUGACAACCUUAAGUAAUUCUGGAAUAAAGUUACCUAGAUAG